AUGCCUCGCUCCCGAGUAAUGUCGUUCAUGACCCAAUGGGGUACUCCGUCGAGGAGUUCCACGCCAGAGCCCAAAUCUCAAAUGUCCGAAGACCCUUUCAGCAGCAGCAAACCUGCUAGACCUGCCAAAAUCGAUACCUCCUUUUCCUCCGCUGCGAACAAGGCCGCCGAUGCGCCAGCCUCUCCCUCUCCUAGUACCCAACAGCGUUUCCGUUCGGACUCGCGUUCAGAGCGCACUUCUCGCCCCAUGUCGAUGGUCUACACUCACCAGCCGCCAAUCAUGGAUCUGGCCCAAGAUACGCUGCCAGAGUUGCAGCCAAUUUUCACCUUCCUCAACAGCCACUCCAACAAGCUGUAUCAGGAGGGCUACUUCCUAAAGUUGCACGAUCUAGAUUCUCGUGAGCAGACCCAAGGCAGAGUGUUUCUUCAGUGUUUUGCCCAAUUGGUUGGUACAGUACUCUCAUUGUGGGACGCUGCUGCUCUGGAUGCAGCUGGUGAAGAUGGCGAGGUCCUGCCCACAUUCAUCAAUGUCAGCGACGCUUCGAUUAAGAUGUCGCUUCCAAUGAAUGGAUCAGCAGGAGGUCAGCUCCAGAACGUUCUGAGCAUCUCCACUGCAGCAAACAACCGCUAUCUUCUCCACUUCAACUCCCUCAACUCGCUUACGCAAUGGACCGCUGGCUUCCGCCUUGCCAUGUACGAACAUACAACACUACAAGAGGCUUACACUGGUUCUCUCAUUGCCGGAAAGGGAAAGAUGCUCAACAAUAUCCGCACCAUCAUGGAAAGGAGCAAGUUCGUAAUAGACGACUGGGCACGUGUGCGCUUUGGAGCAGGUACCCCUUGGAGACGCUGCUGGUGUGUCAUUACGCCUCCGAGCGAGAAGGAAUGGGCAAAAUAUCAAAAGGCGCUCAAAAAGCGUGACACAUAUGAUCGCAAGGUCGAGGUCCCUAAAGGCGACAUCAAGUUCUACGAAACGAAGCGCGUCACAAAGAAGACACGGCCUAUCGCUACCAUCAAGGACGCAUUCGCAGCAUACGCCAUCUAUCCUCAGUCCAAGCCACUCAUUGACCAGUCAACGCUUAUCAAGCUUGAAGGCCAAAUCACCAUUCACGGCGCCAGCGACACAACCACAGAAGGCUUCCUCUUUGUCAUGCCGGAAGUGCAUCCUGCAGUCAGUGGCUUCGAAAUGAUGCUUCGCUGGUUGUUCCCUGUCUGGGACGUCUUUGCUCUAUACGGUCGUCCCAAUCGUCUGAUUGCCGACUCUCUUGACCAGCGUGGUUUGAUGUUUGCCAUGCCUCGAGACAGAAGAUAUGGUUAUCUUGACAUCCUGGACAUCUCAGGCCUGAUUCACACAAAGGGCAGUCAAACAUGGUCCGAACAGGACUGGAGAAGAGAGAUGAAGAAAUUGACAUCGCACCGCAUGAACUCCUCCGAAGACACACCUCCACAGGCAAGGGGAAGACGCAACACGCUUUCCCUCAAUCACGGCACGGUCCGCUUUGGCAAUGGCAGCUCCACAGACACUUCGCCAUCACCAGGCAGAGGUUCUCCGGGACCUGGAGAUGGAACUCUUCAGUUUGGUCCUCCACGCCGGGUUGAAACAACGCCGAUGAGCAUGGGCAGUCCGGGCCGCGGACACAAUCGUUCAGCCUCUGACGCGCUCGGAUACAAGCGGUUUCAGACCGAGAACCGCUCUCGACUCUCUUACGAGGCGACCAGCGACCUACAAGACAGGGCGCCCGAGCCGCCAGCCCACGGCGGUCCCCUGUCGGAGAAGAAGAUACCAACGGUGCUCGAACGCGUGCCAUCAGAGGACACGCCGUACGAACAAGAGCGUCGUCUUGAGCCGGCCUUUGAGGAGCUAAAAAUACGAGCGGGCUCCCCUCCAACGGGCCCUGUAGCGUCGCCCCCAAAGCUGAUGCACGGACCCAACGCUCGGCCCACGAACCUCAACCCUGCGCCCGAAUUACGCAGGGCCAAUUCGGCCAUGGACGCCGCGACGCUGCAACAGCUUGCAGAGGCCAGCAAGGCCGGUGCUACACCAUAUCACGAAAAGGAGCAGUUCGACUUUACCGAUGCUUCACGAGAGGUAGCUAGUGCCAACAACGGGACUGAUAGAUCGCCUGCUGACCCCUCGUUUCGCAAUGAAGAGGUAAAUCUUUCUCCAGGACCGACUUAUCAACCAUUGAGUACCCACCGACUGCCCCCCAUCCCUGCAUCGCCCUACAACCGUGCUGUACAACCUGUUGCAGCUCCUGUCAGGUCUGAACCAAACGCUCCUCCUCUUCCACCUCCUGUGCCGUCACACAGCAGCUUUUCACCAGCUGUUCCCGCCCGAAACCUUGCAUAUUCUCCUCCAUCAGCCAUGGCCGCCCCCAUCAGCAGAAAGCCUGUACCUACCUCACCGGAACCUCAACAUGCUGCUCCUCAACCACAAAGCCCUGCUCUCUCUCGAGUUUCGAGCAACGAAAGUCUCCAAAAUGAUAUCAUGCAGCAAGCUCUAUUGGAGCAAAUGCUCCAGCAGUCGCCCGAGCCGGUCAGCAGAGUGGUCAGCCCUGUCAGUAUCCCAGACGACGACUCGGUCGACUAUUCUAGUGUAAAGAGUAUGUCACCGCCAAAGAGAAAACCCAUUGAAAGAAGCCGAACCGGCCGCCUCAAGACGGUUGGCAAUCCCGAACACGAGCCUCAAACACGAAGCCGCUUUGACCCCGAAAAUGGAGUACCCAUCAACUUCGGUCCUACACUGACCUAUAAACCAAACGCUCGACCUUCUACAAGUGGUAGUGUGCCCAUCGAAUCACAGGAGGACCCCGAUCUUGUGCAGCGUCCAUCCUCCCGGCUCACAACACAAAUUGAUAGCAAGAGAAGCUCCUUCCUCGAGACACGCAAGCUAUCAACCGGAGAUAUGAAUCAAGACAGGCGUCGAAGUGUCGCUUGGCAGCCAGCAGCCGCGGCUGGCGAAUCUGUUGAUCAAGGUCUGACCGCCGAGCAAUGGGUGCAAUACCGAGCAUCCCUUGCUGCAGCUCCAAUGACCCAGUCACGAGCCACACCUGUGUUCGGACACACCAGGGAUCCUUCGAAUGCAAAUCGCACAACCAAAACCCCUCCACUCAGUCGUCCAGCAUCUCGUCUCAGCCGUACAUUGUCUGGAGACUGGACGCAACAGCUUAACCGCUUGUCACUUGGCCGUACAGCCUCUGGCGAUUGGGCUCCGUCUCGUCCACACUCCCGUAAUGCGGGUGCGUUCUUGAACCCUCCCAGCCCUGGCAGAACGUUGCAGCUGCAAGGUACAGCUUUAUCGGCUCAUGAGCAGAUGCAAGUCGCUCGAAUGACUGGUGGUUCGAUGAUCAACCUGACUGAGCGGGACAAGCGCAAGGACAUGAACGACUUGGAUGCUCCAGGCUUGGUUGGUGCCAUGGCAGCUCGCGAACGGCAGCGAAACAUUAAAAGAGAAGGGCUCAGGAACAAUGCCGUGCAGCAAGCUAUUGUGGCACGUCAACAGCAGCAACUUCAGAACGAAUUUGAUGCUCAGAUGAGAGCACAGAUCGAGGCUCAAGAGUAUGCUCAGCAGCAGGCCGAGCUCCAGGCUCAACACAUUGCCCAUCAGCAGGCACAGCACUAUGCACAGCAAUAUGCUCAGCAGCAAGCCCAACAGGCUCAGUUCCAGCAACAAAUGGCUCUUCAGCAAGCACAGCAGUAUCAGAUACAGUUGCAAUUGCAGCAGCAACAAGCCCAGGUCAACAAUUACCCGUACGCUAGUGGACCAGGCACGGCUCAACAACGAUCUUCGCAGUACUUGGGACAAAUGAGUCAAGCUGGAUGGAGCAAUGCAGGCUCGCCUCAACCCCAACCGGGUUAUGCGCAGUCAUAUUUUGGUCAGGGUGAUGGACAGUAUAGGCAGCAGAGAAGGUAUUAG